GACUGCAAGAGCGGCUACCAGAAAAAUUUCCAGACGAUUCUCCAGCCUCUCUCUGCUCUCUCAAGGAAGCAUAUUCUUUCAGUGGUUCCAUCAUGCUUUCGAACGGCUCGCACCAGAACGUUUCCGCCUCUGGCGAUACGUCAGUACCCGGCCAAGGUUGGUCCAACGGAGCCUUGGCACCGCAACUUUUUCCCGUCACGCAGCAAGGCCGACUGCAGUUGUACGGGUCACAACGUCGCUGGAUUGGCCUUCAAUCGGGCUGGACUCGGAUCGGGGCGGGACAGACGGAACUUGACGCUGUUCACUCGCGUUCGCAAGGUACGGGAAUCCUGGAUAGGAACGACGCGGAACAAGCCCAAGCCGCACGUAGCUUGAUUGCGCAGUUGUGUGAGACCUUCUACAGACAGGGAUGGGCGACAGGAACAGGUGGGGGUGUUUCUAUUCGAGUGGGAGGUCCAUCGCAGAAUCGCCCUUGGAGAGUGUUUGUGGCCCCCUCGGGGAUUCAAAAGGAAGAUAUGAUUGGUGACGACGUCUUUGAACUGGAUAUGGAUCGGAAAGUUAUCGUUCCCCCGAGGACGCCGAAUCUAAGACAGUCGGCCUGCACCCCGCUCUGGUACGUGGUCUACAAGUAUAGACCAACCGCAACUUGCGUCAUUCACACUCAUUCAAUGCACGCGCAAAUGGCUACCUUGUUGGAUCCGACCGAAACCGCUCAAACUCUUAACGUUACCCACCUGGAAAUGCUCAAAGGCGUCGGCAACCACGCCUACGACGACGUUCUCGAGAUCCCCAUCAUCGACAAUCGUCCCUCGGAAGACCAACUGGCCACGCAGCUGCAAGCCGCCAUUCAGGCGUACCCUAAGAGCAACGCGGUACUCGUGCGUCGUCACGGUCUCUACGUUUGGGGCGAUAGCUGGGAGCAGGCCAAAACGCAAUGCGAAAGUUUUGAUUAUCUCUUCCAAUCGGCCGUGCAAAUGAAAGCCAUGGGCAUUGAUUCCGGACUUAAACCAUUGCAAGGGACGUAUCGCGAAGGCGAGGACAAGGAGGACCUCGUCGAAAAGACUAUUUUACUACUGGACAUUGAAGGAUGUACCACAAGUAUUUCCUUUGUCAAGGACCGACUGUUUCCGUACGUCCGGGAGCGUUUGGACUCUUAUCUGAAAGGGCACGUGGCCGCAAGCGACAAAUAUCAGCAGUUGGCUAAAGCGUUGGCCGGCGAAGCGGAUGCCCACAGCGACUCGCCUGUUGCGGGUACGAUUCGACAAGACGUCGCUGGGAUGGUACGAUACAUGAUGGAUCGAGACUUCAAAUCUGCUACACUCAAAGCGCUUCAGGGGGACAUUUGGAAGACUGGAUACGCUCGCGGUGAGCUGAAGGGACACAUAUACAGCGACUUUGUUCCUACUUGUCAAUGGAUGCAACGACACGGCGUCCGUGUCUACAUUUAUUCUUCUGGGUCGGUGGCUGCUCAAAAGCUUUUGUUUGGCAACUCGACCGAAGGCGACUUGUUGCCGUAUUUGUCCGGGCACUUUGACAUUCCCACAGCUGGUCCUAAAAAGGAAGCAGGGUCGUACACAGCCAUUGCUCAAACGCUCCAAGUCGCACCUUCCGCCAUUGUGUUUUGCAGUGACGCAGAAGCCGAGCUCGUUGCCGCACGGGAAGCGGGCAUUGGUUAUCCUGUCAUGAGUGUUCGGCCCGGCAAUGUUCCGCUAUCGGCCGAGGGACGAGAGCUUCCAGCAAUCUACUCGCUUCUGCAACUUUGUGGAGAGUGAAUAUACAAUGAUUCUGUCUAGCUAUGUAUCAGACAAUCACUUUUUUG